UUUGUUUGAGUGGCGAGAGGCUGGGGGGGAACGCGGCGGAGGCGAGGCAGGAGCGGCGCUCGCUGGCCGGGGAGUGGGGCCGGGCCGUGGGGCAGGGCCGGGCCGGGCCGGAUUCCCCUCCCCCCCAGCCGGGACCCCCGGGAGCCGCAGGACCAGUGCGCCCCCCCCGCAGUAUGGCUGGGGCCUAGCCCCCCCCCUCCCCAGCCCCACCUACUGGUCUGAGCCGAAUGCACCCGGAGCGGGGCCCAGCCAAUGAGAGAGUGGAGACGAGGCUCCUCCCACUGCGGCUGCGUUAGGGGACGGAUGGGGACGAUGAUUGGCGGCCAGAGGAGGGGUGCCGCGUGAUUGGCCGGUUCCUGGAGAGAGUCGCGCAAGAGUGGUGUAUGAGGCUGUGAGGACUCCCCACGGCACCGGGGGAGUCUCAGCCAGGAGGAGCCGCGGGGGCCACCCGUCGCUCGCACCCCCGGGGGGGCGGAGGGGGGGACAGAGGCAUCCAGCGCAGCAGAAGUGGCUGGAUGCAUCGCACCGUGGAACAGCUGGGGGGCCGGGCCGGACGGGAUCCCUUCGCUCUCAGCAGCCUGACCUGCAGCGGGGCCUGGAACCCCUGCCACCCCCGCCCAUGGCUCCCGGGCAGCAGGUGCUCUGCCAGCAUCGGACAGUCCCAGCUGCCCCCACAUCUCCCGUCACCUCAUGGCACUAACAUCGGGCACCCCAACAAACCCUAUUUCAACUCUGGGAGCUCCGCCCCGCGGCCCCUGCAUGGGAAGCUGGAGGCCAUCCACGGCUGCGUCCAGGCCCUGCUGCGGGACCCGGUGCAGCCGCCGCUGUGGGAGCAGCUGGGGCAGAUCUACGAGUCGGAGCAGGAGUGGGAGGAGGCCGUGCGGUGCUACCAGACCGCGGCCCGCUACCAGCGCGACUAUGGCAACUACAGCGAGAUCAGCGCCCGCAUCGGGCGGCUGCAGCAGGCUCAGCUGUGGAAUUUCCACUCGGGCUCGUCCCAUCACCGGAGCAAGGCCCUGCCCCCCCUGCAGCAGGUGUGGAACCUCCUGCACCUCGAGAAGCGGAAUUUCUCAGCCAAGCGCAGCCCCCAGCUGAAGCGGCUGGCGCCCCCCAUGGAGCCCCCCGUGGUGCAGCCCAUCCCCCCCGCCCCCGCCCGGCCCCACCCCGGGCACAGCGAGGAGCUGCCCAGCCCCAUGAAGAGGAGGAGGAGCGCCAGCCCCGAGCAGCAGAGCGGGAACGGGGCCGGACAGCACCCCCCGGGGGCCCCCCACUACCAGCUGCCCAAGGCCGGGCUGUGGAACCCCCUCCACGGCGACACGUGGGGGCCCGAGCGCAAGAACGUGGUGGCGCCGGAGAGACAGGAGCCGAGGAAUUCGGUCGCCCACCCCUUCCCGUACCCGUCUCCCGCCUACGGCUCGCACCCGCCCCCCCACCGCCUGCCCCCCGGCCCCCGCCCCUCCGGAGAGAGCCAUGGCUGCCAGGCCCGCCCCACUGGAAGUGACCUUAAAGCCAGCCGAGUUCCCCGGGGGCGGCCGGACCCCAGCACCUCACCAGCCAGCGUCACCUGCGUGCCUUACGCCCCGCGGCCCCCCCCGGCCGGCCCCCCCACCAGCAAGACCCCGCGGGGGGAGCCGGGCCCCAGCUUGGCUCCUGACCGUUACCAAACCCCGGCACCGGCACCGUCCAGCCCAGCCCCGGAGAGCGUGGAGCGCCUGCCCCCCGGCCCCACCCCCCACCCCUCCUCCAGCCGGCCCUGCGCUCCCCCGCCCCCCUCCUCCGCCAGCCGGGGGCCCCCCGAGCCGGGCCCUCCCCCGCCCCUGCCCUGGCUGAAGGGCCCAGGCGUCCGGGACCAGGGGGAGGGCGCGGCCGGCGGGGACCCCCUGGACGAGAUCCUGUUCGGGUGCGGGGGGGAGCCCCAGCUGGGUCCCUGCGACUCGGCCGGGACCCGGGGGGGCUUCCAGGAUUCCACCACCAGCAGCCAGGGGAGUAGGGGGGCCGGGGCACCCCGGGGGGAGGGUGAGCCCAGCCCCCCGCCACCUCCCACCCCCUCCCCGCCCCCUCCCACCUACCGCUGCGCCUUUGCCAAGCAGGAGCCCCCCGGCCUCCCCGAGUUCUGGCUGGAGACGCCCCCCCGCGAAGCCCGGCCACCGGAGGGCGGGGAGGGGGUCCCCAAGGCCUCCCCCAGCCCCCCAAAUACCUCAGGAAACUUCAGGCCCCAGCCGAGCCCUCCGCCCCCACCGCCCAGGGCCUCCUACCCAAAGACACUGCCUCCAGAGCCAGGCCCCCCCCCGGAAACCCCCACCGGGACGGCCCGGCGCCUCUUCGACUUCCCCGGGCCCCCCCUGGAGGACCAGUUCGAGGAGCCCCCCGAAUUCUCCAAGAUCCUGCCCGACGGGUUGGCCAACAUCAUGAAGAUGCUGGACGAGUCGAUCCGGCGGGAGGAGGAGGAGCGGGAGGCCGGGGCCCCCCCCAGCUUCCCGCCCCCGCCCACCCCGCUCCUGCCCGGCCCGCCCCCCCUGGCCAGACCAAAGCCGCCGCCGGCCCCCCCUUUCGAGUACCCCAAGCCGGAGCCGCCCCGGCUGUACCCCUUCGGCAAGCGGGAGGAGGCCGGGAAGUGCCCACCGCCCAGCACGGCCAGUUUGCUGCGGUCGCUGGCCAGCGUGCUGGAGGGGCAGAAACACGCCUACCGGGCCAAGCCCCCCGCCGGGGCGAAGAAGCCCCCCGCCCCCCCGGCACCGCCGCCGGCUCCUUCCUCGCCGUUUUCUACCUCAAGCCAGGCCUGGGCUGGGGCAGGCCGGGGCGGGGAGCCGGCGGGGGCCUCACCAGAGCCCCGGCCCCCCAAGACGGAGUCGGAGGUGCUGGAAGAGAUCAGCCGGGCCUGCGAGACGCUGGUGGAACGGGCGGGGCGGGAGCCCAGCCCGGCCCCCCGGCCGCCCACCCCGCCGGCCACGCCGCCCCGCCGGCCGGAGAAGGAGCACCGCCGGCACCGGCGGGCGGGCAAGGAUGGGCGGCGCCACCGGCGGGAGGGCAAAGCCCCCAAGGAGAAGAACCGGCAGGUGCUGGGCAACCUGGACCCCCAGCGCACCGACUGCCAGGCGCGGGAGAACGGCGCCCAGGGCGAGGCCGGCAAAGCCGGGAAGCCGCCCCCGCCGGCCGCCCCCCAGCCCGAGCGCCGCCCGCCCGCCCGGAGGGAGGAGGGCCCCGGCCCCGCCGGCGUGUGCCCGGCCGACCUGCUCAAGCUGCGCUCCUUCACCGAGGGGCCCCCCAAGGAGCUCAAGAUCCGGCUCAUCAAGGUGGAGAGCGGGGACAAGGAGACCUUCAUCGCCUCCGAGGUGGAGGAGCGGCGCCUCCCGCUGGCCGAGGUCACCAUCAGCCACAGCGCCGCCGAGGUGGUGCGGGCCAGCAAGCACGCCAAGGUGAAGGGGAAGUUCAAGGAGUCGUAUCUGUCGGCCGCCCAGUCCGUCAAACCCCUCAUCAACGCCGAGGAGAAGCUGCCGCGGGACAAAGUCAACCCCCCCACGCCCAGCAUCUACCUGGAGAGCAAACGCGACGCCUUUUCGCCCGUCCUGCUGCAGUUCUGCACCGACCCCAAGAACCCCAUCACGGUCAUCCGGGGGCUGGCCGGCUCCCUGCGCCUCAACCUGGGCCUGUUUAGCACGAAGACGCUGGUGGAGGCCAGCGGGGAGCACGCCGUGGAGGUCCGCACCCAGGUGCAGCAGCCGUCGGACGAGAACUGGGACCUGUCGGGCACCCGCCAGGUGUGGCCGUGCGAAAGCAGCCGCUCGCACACCACCAUCGCCAAGUACGCCCAGUACCAGGCCUCCUCUUUCCAGGAGUCGCUGCAGGAGGAGAAAGAAAGCGACGAGGAGGAUGCGGACGAACCAGACAGCACCACGGAGACGCCCCCCAGCAGCAACGCAGACCAGAAAUCUCACCAGAUCAUCAAAUUCGGGACCAACAUCGACCUGUCCGACGCCAAGCGGUGGAAGCCACAGCUGCAGGAGCUGCUGAAGCUACCAGCCUUCAUGCGGGUCACCUCGACGGGCAACAUGCUGAGCCAUGUGGGUCAUACCAUCCUGGGCAUGAACACGGUGCAGCUGUACAUGAAAGUGCCAGGCAGCCGGACGCCGGGCCACCAGGAGAACAACAACUUCUGCUCCGUGAACAUCAACAUCGGGCCAGGCGACUGCGAGUGGUUCGCGGUGCACGAGCAUUACUGGGAGACCAUCAGCGCCUUCUGUGACAGGCACGGCGUGGACUACCUGACGGGCUCCUGGUGGCCCAUCCUGGAGGACCUGUACAAGUCGAAUAUCCCCGUUUACCGAUUCAUCCAGCGCCCCGGGGACCUGGUGUGGAUCAAUGCAGGCACCGUGCACUGGGUGCAGGCCACAGGCUGGUGCAACAACAUCGCCUGGAAUGUCGGGCCCCUCACAGGGUACCUGUCACCUCAGGACGGGAUGCAGAGAUAAAGUUUCUUGACACCUUAAAUGACUGCUUCUUGGAGCAGCUGGUCCUGGAACCCACCAGAGGAGAGACAAUUCUUGAUUUAGUCCUAAGUGGAGCACAGGAUCUGGUGCAAGAGGUGAAUAUAGCUGGACCGCUUGGUAAUAGUGACCAUAAUAUAAUUAAAUUUAAUAUCCCUGUGGCAGGAAAAACACCGUAGAGGCCCAACACUGUAGCAUUUAAUUUCAGAAAGGGGGACGACACAAAACGAGGAGGUUAGUGAAACAGAAAUUAAAGGGUACGGUGCCAAAAGUGAAAUCCCUGCAAGCUGCAUGGACACUUUUUAAAGACCCCAUCAUAGAGGCUCAACUUCAACAUACACCCCAAAUUUAAAAAAUAUAGUAAAAGAACCAAAAAAGAGCCACCGUGGCUAAACAACCACAUAAAGAAGCAGUGAGAGGAAAAAAGGCAUCCUUUAAAAAGUGGAAGUGAAAUCCUAGUGAGGAAAACAGAAAGGAGCAUAAACUCUGGCAAGUGAAGUGUACAAAUAUAAUUAGGAAGGCCAAAAAAGAAUUUGAAGAACAGCUAGACAAAGCCUCAAAAAGUAAUAGUAAAAAUUUUUUGAAGUACAUCAGAAGCAGGAAGCCUGCUAAACAACCCGUGGGGCCACUGAACGAUCGAGGUGCUAAAGGAGCACUCCAGGACGAUAAGGCCAUUGCGGAGAAACUAAAUGAAUUCUUUGGAUCUGUCUUCACAACUGAGGAUGUGAGAGAGAGUCCCAACCCUGAGCCAUUCUUUUUAGGUGACAGAUCUGAGGAACUGUCCCAGAUUGAGGUGUCAUUAGAGGAGGUUUUGGAACAAAUUGAUAAAUUAAACAGUAAACAAGUCACCAGGACCAGAUGGUUUUCAGCCAAGAGUUCUGAAGGACUCAAAUGUGAAAUUGCAGAAAAACUAAUUGUAGUCUAUGACCUGUCAUUUAAAUCAGCUUCUGGACCAAAUGACUGGAGGGUAGCUAAUGUGACCCCAAUUUUUAAAAAGGGCUCCAGAGGUGAUCCCGGCAAUUACAGGCUGGUAAGCCUGACAUCAGUACCGGGCCAACUGGUUGAAACUCUAGUAAAAGAAUAAAAUUGUCAGACACAGAUGAACAUAAUUUGUUGAGGAAGAGUCAACAUGGUUUUAGUAAAGGGAAAUCACGCCUCACCAAUCUGCUAGAAUUCUUUGAGGGGAUCAACAAGCAUGUGGACCAAGGGGAUCCAGUGGAUAUAGUGUGCUUAGAUUAUCAGAAAACCUUUGACAAGGUUCCUCACCAAAGGCCCUUACGCAAAGUAAGCUGUCGUGGGAUCAGAGGGAAGGUCCUCUCAUGGAUCGGUAACUGAUAAAAAGAUACAAAACAAAGGGUAAUAUAAAUGGUCGGUUUUCAGAGCGGAGAGAGGUAAGUAGUGUGUCCCCCAGGGGUCUGUUCUGGGACUGGUCCUAUUCAACAUAUUCAUAAAUGAUCUGGGAAAAGGUGGCCACAGUGAGGUGACAAUAUUUGCAGAUGCUACAAAAUUACUCAAGAUAGUUAAGUCCCAGGCAGACUGCGAAGAGCUACAAAGGGAUCUCUCAAAACUGGGUGACUGGGCAACAAAAUGGCAGAUGAAGUUUAAUGUUGAUAAAUGCAAAGUAAUGCACAUGGGAAAACAUAAUCCCAGCUAUACAGAUAAAAUGACGGGGUCUAAAUUGGCUAUUCCCACUCAAGAAAGAGAUCUUGGAGUCACGGUGGAUAGUUCUCUGAAAACAUCCACUCAAUGUGCAGCGGCAGUCAAAGAAACCAACCGAACGUUGGGAAUCAUUAGGAAAGGGAUAGAUAAUAAGACAGAAAAUAUCCUGUUGCCUCUAUAUAAAUCCAUGGGAUGCCCACACUUUGAACACUGCGUGCAGAUGUGGUCGCCCCACCUCAAGAAAGAUCUAUUGGAACUGGAAAAGAUUCAGAAAAGGGCAACAAAAAUGAUUCGGGGUAUGGAACGGCUUCUGUAUAAGGAGAGUUUAAUAAGACUGGGACAUUUCAGUUUGGAAAAGAGACAGCUAAGGGGAGAUAUGAUUGAGGUCUAUAAAAUCAUGACUGGUGUGGAGAAAGUGAAUAACAAAGUGUUGUUUACUCCUUCUCAUAACACAAGAACUAGGGGUCCCCCAAUGAAAUUAACAGGCAGCAGGUUUAAAACACACAAAAGGAAGUAUUUCUUCACACAAUGCAAAGUUGAUCUGGGGAACUCCUCGCCAGAGGAUGUUGUGAAGGUCAAGACUAGAACAGGGCUCAAAAAAGAACUAGAUACAUUCAUGGAGGACAGGUCCAUCAAUGGCUAUUAGCCAGGAUGGGCAGGGAUAGUGUCCCUAGCGUCUGCUUGCCAGAAGCUGGGAAUGGGCAACAGGGGAUGGAUCACCUGGUAGUGGCCGCGGUUGGCAGACAGGACACUGGGCUAGAUGGACCUUUGGUCUGACCUAGUCUGGCCGAACUUAUGUCUUAUGUUCAUCUCUCUUGGAUUUGGCUCCACCAAGUGGCAGAAAUGUGUACUGCAGCCUCGGGAGGGCACUGGUGGGUUAUGGGGGGCAG